UCUGCCGUUGUAUUAUUUCAGGGAAGACUAACACAAUGCAAGAAUUGUAACAAAUUGCUUAAGUAUAUUGACAGUUCUUGCUAACUAUGCAAGUGAUCAACAAAUGACAUGUUUGUUACCAGUAUUAUCAGAGGAGAGUUUACAGAACUGUAUGUUGACAGAUGGUGAUUGUGAUAUUGUUAUACAUGCAUUACAACUGUUUAAAUGUUUACUGAGAAGUAACCAGGUUGUAUCAUCAUUAUGUACAAACACCACUGGUUGUGUAUUGAUGACUACAUAUAGUUUAUGUUCAUCAGAAAAACUGGUCAAUGCAUCUGUUUCAUCUAAACUACAAAUAGCAAACUUGAUAGUUGAGAGUAUAUUUUACCUUGCCAGUUCACAUAAGGGAUGUUUCACUCUUGUACUAGAGUCUGACUGCCAAUGUAGUGUAGAGGUUGUAGGAAGUAUUGUAAGUCUGCUACAUUCUGUUUUGAAAGUAUACAAGGACUUACAGUCCAGCAUGAAUGAACAUUUACCACAAAAGUACACCAGUCAAUAUGAACAAAACACAAACUCUGUAACCAGUCAGUCACAACAAGAAGAACAUAAUCUCACAACCAGUCUGAAAAUUUUGCAGUCAGGUUUACAGCUGCUUCAUCUGAUGUCACAGUUUGACUCAGAAUUUCAUACUAGACAUGUACAAGUCCAACACAAAUAUGUACGCCUGAUUUGUGGAUUGACUCAUAUAUUUAGACAUGAGCUUAGUGGAGACAAUGAGAGUGAAAUGAAUGCACUACAAGAUUUAUGGGACUUCAACCAGGAUGACUCAGAACUGUCUCAAGAUAGUGAUACUGAUGAGCAAGAAUCCAUGGACAAUACUUGAUAACUUCACUUCAGUUACUUGAUAAACAAGAAUCCAUGGACAAUACUUGAUAACUUCACUGUAGUUACUUGAUAAACAAGAAUCCAUGGACAAUACUUGAUAACUUCACUUCAGUUACUUGAUAAACAAGAAUCCAUGGACAAUACUUGAUAACUUGACUUCAGUUACUUGAUAAACAAGAAUCCAUGGACAAUACUUGAUAACUUCACUGUAGUUACUUGAUAAACAAGAAUCCAUGGACAAUACUUGAUAACUUCACUUCAGUUACUUGAUAAACAAGAAUCCAUGGACAAUACUUGAUAACUUCACUGUAGUUACUUGAUAAACAAGAAUCCAUGGACAAUACUUGAUAACAUCACUGUAGUUACUUGAUAAACAUAAGGAUAUGGACAGAAUGUGACAGGUACUUGAUUCCAUGGAUAGUAACUUGAUAAACAUAAUUGGAGACCAUGGAUAGUAUAUGACAGGUACUUUGUUCCAUGGACAAUACUCUACAAGUGCUUGAAAAAACAAAAUACUGUAGAACGCAUUGAACAGUUAUAACAAAAUAUUAGACCAUGGUCAGUUUUAUGUGAAAGGUAGUACUUGAUAUACAAAA